UCUAGCGCCAAUGGCCGGCGCGAGAAUACGUAUCAAUACGCGCAUCGAUAUAAUGAGAAAGUACAACAGACGAACAGGGAAGAGGUGAGCGCUGUGUGCGGAGGGGGCGGCCCCCGCCACGCGGCGCCCUGCCACUGGCGGGAGACCAGCGAUGCCAAUGCUGCCACGCCACGUGGAUGCCGUCAUUGUCUCCCUCUCUCAUUACACUGUGGGCGCUACCAUUCGUUCGUGGCGAGGAGGAGAAGAGCUUGUCUCGUAUCGCCAGUGUCGAUCGCCGCGAGGUCUAGGGUUUUCGUGGAGCGGAGGCGCUGUGGAACGGCUAGGCCGCGGCCGCGAGGCGCCAGUGAUUGCGCCAGCAUUUGAUCGGCUUCCGGGGGAUUUUAGGGUGCCCGCGAGGUUUUGAUCGGGUUUUAGGGCUUGCGGGAGGAGGAAGAAGGAGGAGCUGGGAAGCCGUCCGAGAAUGCGAAGAAUUUCGUUCCACGGGAGAAUGAGGUACCUAUAUAGAUAUGACGCUGGAGAAUGGCGCUACUAUAGAAAAAUCGAAUGACUCCUCUCCAAAGUACUCGAAGAAACGUCGCAAUGGCCGCAAAAAUGGUGGAGCGAAGAUCUGGGCUGCGGCAUCCGAUGAGUUGCAUGCUUCCAACGACGAGGCCGAGGCGUUCGAGCCGGAUAGUCUUGUCUGGGCGAGGAUCGAGGAAAGCCUCUGGUGGCCUGCAUUUGUCCCAUCUCUUGAAAACUUGCCACUCUCUGUCUUAAGGCAAAAGCAGGAAGGCUGGGUUUGCGUUAAGUAUUACAACAAUGCUCUUUGCAACUCCUGCUUUGCCUGGUUGGAACCCAAAGACAUUGUGCUCUAUAACGGUGGCACGGACAUCUUUUGCCAGCAGAUUAUGCCAGAAUCGUCCGAGACUGAAAAGUUUCAAGCGGCUUUAGCUGAGUUGCAAGAAUCUUACAAGGCUCGUUUUAGCGACAGCGAUGUAGCUACCGAGCUCCCUGCGGCCAACAAUAAUGUGGGAGCCGCGUUAGAGGAUCGAAUUAACUUAGACAAGGAACUUUUGAGGAAGUGGAAAAGUGGCCAAGAUGGUGUAGAAGAAGACGGUAGCAUAGCUGGGAUGGAAAACGAAGAAGGUUCUCGGAAGCGGAUCUUGAAGUUGAGGAUUACGAGGUCUUCAGCACCACAUGAAAAACCUACUGCGGAUCGGAAUUCUCCCUCGAAAAGAACCAGGGGAUCUGAUGGGUCUUUUUUCGAAUGUAUGGUUUGCCAAUCUGGCGGAAAUCUUCUUUGCUGUGACCAUUGUCCCCGCGUGUACCAUCUCCAUUGUCUGAGCCCGCCUCUAAAGCGUGCCCCGACAGGUAAAUGGCGAUGCCCAGACUGUAUAGGAGAAUCGGAAAAACCACUGGCAGAGACGGUGGCUGCGAAGAACACUGAAACUGCAAAAGAAGUACGGAGCGAGUCUGAAAGCAAGAACCAAGCUCCAAAUGGUGAAAUUCUCAACAUCUCUAACGAAAAAUCGCAUAAGCGGAGCAGAGAUGAUAUGAUCAAAAGAUUUAAGAAGAAGUCGAGGCUUGACGAUCCUGCAGCUGACAAAUGCCCGCCUUGUGGACUGAAUAAACAGUCCUCCGAGACUUUACUGGAUAAUGGAAGUUCAUUUGGCCCAGAUGGACUUCUUGACGAGGGAGAGGAAUUGAAUAGUACGCCAAAUGUGAAGAGCCUGCCUGCCUGUGACAGUUGUGGUAACACUGGUGGCUCGCUACUCAAAUGCGGACGUUGUGGCAAAUCCUUCCAUCUUUUAUGUAUGGACGCUCCUUUCAAGAGAAUGCCAAGGAGCCGCUGGCUGUGCUCGGAAUGUAGUCCGCUUGAUUCUAGAAAGCGCAAGGAAGAACAACCUAUUCUCCCUGCUGCUUCUUUUGAGGUUGAUCGAAUUGUGGGAUGUCGGCCACAACCAUUAGCCCCGAUGUCUGUGGAAAGAUGCGAGACAGAAGAAAAGAACAAGAUGGACGUCGACACUAUUGUUGGGGCUUCAGAGGGCGAUGUCCAGGACGAAGAGGUAGACGGAAAGAUAGAACUAGAACCAGAGAAAACUAGUGUAGACGAGGCUAUAGAGGAUGCAGGAGGUGGUGAACAACCGGAGGGGGAUGGGAUUGCAAAAGUUGAGCUGCAGCCUCCAGAGGAAUUAGAGUACCUGGUGAAAUGGGUGGGAAAAUCUCACGUGCACAACGAGUGGGUUUGCGAAUCGCGUUUGAAGACUCUUGCAAAACGGAAGCUGGAGAACUACAAAGGCAAGCACGGAACUGUUCCAAAGAAUCUGGUAGACGACAGAUGGACGCAACCUCAAAGGAUCAUUGCUCGCAGGAAGGGACAAGAUCAAACCGAGGAAGUGCUGGUGAAGUGGUAUAGUCUACCUUACGAUGAAUGUACGUGGGAACGGCUUGAUACUGCUUUAGUUCCGGGACUUUUGGACUUGCUGGCAACGUUCCAACUGUUCGAAAGCGAAGCAUUGUCGAGCUCAGAAAGCCGGAAGGUGAAAGACGGACAGGGUGAGCUGGAAGCUGUCAAAGAGCAACCGGCAGAAUUACAAGGUGGCCAGCUCUUUCCUCAUCAAAUGGAAGCCCUCAACUGGCUUCGGAAGUGCUGGCACAAGAAGAAGAACGUUAUACUCGCGGAUGAGAUGGGACUGGGGAAGACCAUAUCCGCCUGCGCGUUUUUGUCGUCGUUGCACUACGAGUUUAAAGUACGCGGGCCUUGCUUAGUGCUGGUUCCAUUGUCGACGAUGCCAAAUUGGAUGGCAGAGUUUGCACUUUGGGCCCCGGGUUUGAACGUCAUCGAAUACCACGGUAGCGUCAAGGCAAGAGCAGUCAUCCGUCAGUACGAGUGGUACGCUUCCAGUCACGGCAGCAAGAAACAGCGGGCAUACAAGUUCAAGGUGAUGCUUACGAAUUACGAGACUGUUAUCAACGAUCCCACGCCGUUGAGGUCUUUGCCUUGGGAAGCUCUCGUGGUUGACGAAGGUCACAGGCUGAAGAACUCAGGCAGCAAGCUCUUCACUCUCCUGAAUACGUUUUCUUUUGCUCAUCGGGUCUUGAUGACUGGAACGCCGAUGCAGAACAAUCUUGGCGAGAUGUACAACCUGCUAAACUUCUUGCUACCGGAGAAGUUCCCAUCCCUGGCGGCGUUUCAGGAAAAGUUUAGUGCCUUGAGCACGGCCGAGCAAGUUGAAGAGAUACGGAAGCUGGUGACUCCUCAUAUGCUAAGGAGGCUCAAGAAGGAUGCAAUGCAAGGCAUCCCUCCAAAGGCAGAGAGGGUCGUUUUAGUGGAGUUGAGCGCAGUACAGGCAGAGUACUACCGGGCCUUACUUACAAAAAACUACCAGCUGCUACGGCAAGGAACCAAGAGCCAGCAGUCGAUGAUCAACAUUAUCAUGCAGCUCAGAAAAGUUUGCAACCAUCCUUAUCUUAUCCCGGGUACUGAGCCAGAAUCCGGGACGGGCGAGUUUUUGCAUGAGAUGCGUAUCAAAGCUUCUGCAAAGCUAACUCUUCUCCAUUCCAUGCUGGGGUCACUGAAGAAAGAAGGACACCGGGUUCUCAUCUUCUCGCAGAUGACGAAGCUGCUAGAUAUACUCGAAGACUAUUUGACUUUCGAGUUCGGGCAUGAUUCUUACGAGAGAGUGGACGGGUCUGUUCCAGUGGCUGAACGACAGGCAGCCAUUCGCAGAUACAACAAGGAUACGUCGCGCUUUGUCUUCUUGCUUUCAACUCGCUCGUGUGGACUGGGGAUCAACUUGGCUACUGCAGAUACUGUUAUCAUUUACGAUUCCGACUUCAAUCCUCACGCAGACAUCCAGGCAAUGAACCGAGCGCAUCGAAUCGGGCAGUCCAAGAAACUGCUCGUUUAUCGGCUGCUAGUUCGUGGAAGCGUAGAGGAACGUAUUCUACACCUUGCAAAAAAGAAGCUUGAGUUGGAACAGCUAUUUGCAAGCAAGUCCGGAUCACAAAAGGAAAUCGAAGACAUUCUUCAAUGGGGUGCCGAGGAUCUUUUCGGAGAGCCCUCGGAGAAAGAGAAAACAAGUGCAGAGUCUCCUCCGGGAGCUAGUAUUCAGGCACAGGAUGAGAAGCCUAAGAAAAAAGUUGGCGGCCUCGGAGAUGUUUAUGACGACAAGUGCCAUGAAACCGGACGGUCCAAAGUGAUUUGGGAUGAUCUUGCCAUUAAAAGACUCUUGGACAGAGCCUCAGUGGUUCCGGACUCCGCGGAAGCCGAUGGAGAAGGCGACAUGCUUGGUUCUAUCAAGGCUUGGGACUCUACUGAGCAAGAACACGACGCGAUUGAGGAACAUGCGGACCAGGGUGUUAAAGGCUCCGGUGCAAAUGCGGGUGAACCGAAGCCUGGAAAUGAAGAAGACAACAAGUGGGAAAGGCUACUUCGAAUCAGGUGGGAAAAGUUGCAAUCGGAAGAAGAAGCGGUUCUUGGUCGUGGAAAGAGGCAACGAAAAGUAAUUUCAUACAACGAAUGUGCUGCUCCAAAGUCGAAAGAUGUUUCUAGUGAUGUAAGUCUGUUUGCUUGCUUCAGUGCGCUGCUUGUUACACUGAAAUUUACGCAGUCCGACGAUAUGGAGGAACCGGAGCCGGAGUAUACUCCAGCUGGCCAAGCUUUAAAGCUGAAACUUGCCAGGCUUCGAGCAAGGCAGAAAGCCCGCAUAGCCCUUCGGUAUGCAGCUCCUGCACAUGUUGAUGGUGUACCGUUUCUAGCUCCAUGUCACUUCCGGGAAGCAGUUAACGAGCUGAAGCAACAUGGAGGCUGCCCAGACCUUAGGCCACCAGAUAUACUCUCGCGAAACUUCAAGGACUGUUUUCCUCUACCUGAACCGGUUGACGAGGCACUCAUGCAGAAAGCUCUAGCGUCAAGGUUGUCAAAAAUGGGGGAUGGCGUUUCAGAUGACAGACUUCCGGUGGGCGACUUGAAUCUGUUUCCCGGGAGCAUGCCACCUUCUUUACCCGACGGUGUAAGCCAGGGUUCGACUUUCAGGCAUCUGUUACCGCCGCUACCGCCGAAGACACCUUUCGCGGCUGGCUUCGUGUCCCAGGGCUUGCCAGUUCACUUUGAGAACCCAAGCAGAAGUUUUCUUCAUGGUCCGUUUGCCCAGUCGAAAGCUGACGUUUUGGAGAACAGUGACAGGAUUCGCGACGCUGAAAAGAAGUUUUCAGUUGAUCUUUCCUCCCUGGACGCAUCAAGGCAGGCAGACGAGGGGCGCCAAAGCAAUCAUGUUGAUCUGAAUAAAGACGCUGCCACAAAACGUGACGAUAGUUCCCCUUUUGAACCAAAAGUGCCACCAUUGGAACAGGGACAAAGUAAUCUGUCCAUGUCUCUCACACUUGGCAAUGCAGCGGGAGAAGGGACGCCUUACAAGCUGCCGGGAAAGUUUAGCUUUAGUGACAAGGAGGCAAGGAUAGAUCCGGCGGCACUACAACUCGAGCCUGACUAUAUCGGAGGCUUGAAACAGGCUGGUGGUCGAUCAGAUUCAUGGACAGAGGACGAACUGGAUGCAUUGUGGAUUGCAGUGAGAAGGCAUGGCAGGGGGAACUGGAUGAGUAUGCUACAGGAUCCUAAGCUAUGCUUCUCGAAGCGCAGGACUGUCAUCGACUUAGCAGAGCGUUGGCAAGCGGAGGAAGCAAAGUUGCUGGGAAAGCAUGAAGGCCAGGAACUGGAGCGUUACUCGAAACCGAAGAGAGACAGGCGCAGGCACAGGAAAGACAGGCCAGAGCAUGGCAAGUUUUCUCCGUAUGAGUUCCGGAGCAAGGCUGCCAUGCGCAGUGGAGUCAAGGAGCUGUCGAAACUGGUUCCAAACUUCGCGGACUUCAACUUUCCGGGGCUGCGGGAACGUCCAGGUCCUUUUGACAGGCCCGAGCUUCCGACCGGUGUUCUUGACAAGUUUCACGAGUCUCCUCCAGGUCUUUACGGAGCUCCGCAGCUGCCUAGCUUCAACUUCGAUGGCACAGGAAUGGCUCCUCCUCCACUUCCUCCUCCGCUACCCUUGAAACAAUCCAGCGGCGGAGGCGGGGGUGGCGGCGGCGGUGGCCAAAGUUCUACCGCAGAAAAGCCGUCGAAGCUGCCGCAUUGGUUAAAGGAAGCUUUCAGCGUGGCACCAGCGCCAGAGGCGUCAUUGUCGCCUCACGUAGCAGCAGUGGCUCAAGCGGUGUCAAUCCUUCACAAGAAUCACAAGCCGCUUUUAGCGCCCUGGACACAUUCGUGGCACCCGCUCGUUCCACCCCGGGAGCUUCCAAAGCGCAAGAAGAAGAAGAAACACCGGAGCCACGAGCAAGUCCCUGCCGAGGUUGGAGGAGGCGGCGGGGUGACACCACCGCCACCAUUGCCACCAUUACCAGCGUUACCAGCGUUACCGCCACCACCACCCGGUCCAGGAGCUCAAACUUCAGGUACUCACUUCCAACCUGUACAUUUACCAUCCUUCUCGUUCUCUAGGAGCUUACUAGAGCCUCUCCCGUUAAUCCCUCCAGUCCCGUUGCUCUCCUCCGACUCCGAUCUUAAACACAGGACUAGUGGUAGCAGCAGUAGUGCUAGAGCAGCUCCAUUUUUCCCAGAGCUCUUCCCUCCUCCUAAUUAUCCUCCUCUUCCUCCCUUUCGAUCCAAGUUCCUGGAUGGUCCUCCCGAGAGUAGUAGCUUAAGGCCGGAAGUCCCCCAGUUUCUACCACAGCAGCACAACAAUUUUGGUUCAUCGAAGCACAGACGCAGAGAUAGUCACAGGCGCAAGCAUCAGGUUGACACCACUAGCAGAUCGUCGGAUCGAGCAGAGCUGCCACCUUGGUUGAUGUCACCGCCACCUCGGCCGCCACCACCACCACCACCACCACCAAGUUUCCAAUCCACAGCAGCAGCAGCAGCAGCAGUAGCAAUGCCGGAAGUAGCAGCGGUGGAGAGACGAAGAAAGGCUCAAGCAGGGACUAGAGAUCAUGGUGACGGUGACGAUUCAUCCAGUGACACUCACUCGGACCCGGAGAUCCGGAAGAAUGGAGACGAGGACGUGGAUGGCUUCCUCGAGGUGUCGUCCGAAGGAACAGUCUCGGACAACCAGCGAUAGGAAAAAAAACGAAGAAGAAACAUUCGAGAUUUUACGGGAGAUGUUAGGAAACCUCUCUUCUCUCUGGCGCGGGCGCAUUGCUAUCUAAGAUUUGAUUGAUUCUAGUGGAAAGCUUUUUGCUUAGAAAUGGAUGAUUGAUUGAUAGAAAUCGGCCUCAAGCUUUGUCAAAGGACACCACAAAAAAAUCGAUUGAUUGAUUGA